AUGGUUUGCUUUGGCUUGGUUAAUGGCCUGCCUUUUACGAUGCUGGGCGUGGUCGGGGGGCGGUUAAGACCAUCAUCACUGCGCAAAUCGUCCUUCUCCAGCAACAGCAGCAUCAACAACGCUUGUCCCCCGCCGCCGCCCACGCCGCAUCAAAUCCAAUCGACAGCCGGCAGCAGUAGCAGCACCAGCAGCCAGCUUCAGAAACAUCAUCAACAGCAUUCGCAUCCGCAUCCGCAUCCGCAUCAACAGCAUCAACAGCAUCAGCACAGGCGUAGCAGCAACUCAAGCCACAUAGGCAACAGCAGCUUGGCAACCAAGCCUGCUAUUAAUUUGCUUGGCAAUCAGCUGCAGGUCAACUAUUUUGAGUUCCCGCCCACCACUCGCAGUGUUAGCUCGCUGUUGGCCAGUCGGUAUACCGGCAACGCCACCACCAACGCCACCGCCACCGCCUCCACACCGUCGCUUAAUUGCACUCCGUGCAGUGGCGGUAACUGCAAUAGUCCCACAGCCACAGCAGCAGCAAAUUCAAGUUACAGUUCUGCGGUUGCGAAAGCGGCCGCUUCGACAGCUUGUGCACUUCUUGCCACGUGCCACGUGGCCAGCAACACACAUAACACAACCUCAACCUCACACCGCUACCCACAGCAACAGCAAAAGGAACAGGAACAGGAACAGGCACAUCAUCAAACUUCAGACAGAGACAGAGAUAGAGACAGAGAUAGAGAGAGAGACAGCAUGGGUAGACGUGAGAUUAAACGUUCAAAUACGAGUGGCUCCACUUCACGUUCCUAUGACAGCGGCAGUGCAACCACAAAUUUUGUUGGCAAAUUCACGCAAAGCGUGCGCCGCAUCGUUCAAGAUGUUAAAGACGAGGGUGCCCCAAGUGGCAUGACACGCGAUGAGGUCAUCGAAACCAACGAACGCCUGCGCUCGCUACGCCUGCGCCUCGAGGAAUCAUACGACACAGUGAAGAAGGCACUGAUCAACCUCAUGAACAAGUACGGCGACUCGAAGAGCCAUCGCAACAUCUUUCAGCGCUAUCCCAUGCUCAAGCUAAUGAUAAAGGAAGUGAUACGGCUGGAGACCCAGUACUGGACGUUAGUGGAUAUACCAAGGCAGGAGAAGCAGGAAACCGUACCCUCGUACGUAAUGCGAGCCUGUUCAAUUAUGGAAAAGACUCAAAAGUCUGGCGAGGGUGUGAAAACCUCGGCUCGACUUGCCGAGGAGGCUGCGGAGCGCAGGGAGCGCAUGGAGCGGUUGGAACACAUGACAACGGCGCAAAUAGAGCUGGAGAACACACAGCUGAUUAAUGACUUGUAUCGUUUGCUGAAAAAAUAUCUGGGCUUGCGGCAUUUGAUACGCGUGCUAAAGGAAGAGUACGGCAGCUCAAAGAUGUAUCCGAUAUUUCCACGUUACACAAUGCUCAAGGACAUGAUAAAGGGCAUUAUGCACGACCCAGACUAUAUGGAGGUGUGUCACGAAACGCUGGCCAACUCUAACUGAGCCGAGGCCUCCGGAAAUGGCAGGCGUCGCAUGAGUGUCAUUUGAGAGGGACACACAUAGACAGGACUGCAUACACAAGCCCAACGCAGGAUGGGAGUGUUGUGCGUGUGUUUGUGUGUUCGAAAUUCACAUGCGUCUUCUCUGUCAUUCCGUAAAUGUUUAACAUUUUUUGAAAGACUUCUUCCGAUGUUCUGGAGAAUGGGCGAUGUUAACUUUUUGAAUAGUUAGACACAAAUCUUUAGGUAAUUUUAGCCAUAAUAGUUGGCAGAACAACUAACUAACUAACUAACUAACUAACAUACAAACUAACAACUACACGCAAUACCCCACCAUAGAAGUAAACUACUGACAACUACAAACUACCGCAAUACUAUUUACGACAUCAGAUUAAAUACUACUUGGGUACAGAUACACUUUGGUACUUAGCACUAAGAAUACCAACAAGCAAAAGAAACGCAUUUAUUUUAAUGACUUUUUGAGAUGAAUAUAAAAAGAAAACAGAAAACAGAAAAUAACUAAAAAUGCGAAUAAUGAUAUCUGAUAAAGCGGAUACUUCAUAUAA